AUGUCAGAGAAGGACUCGCACCUCUACGGCGGCAAACGACAACGAAACCUCGCCGGCGGCAAAGAAAUCUCAUCCUCAACAACUCUGUCUUUCACCUCACAAUUAAGCUCCCUGAUCAACUCCUCCAACACAACCAGCACCUCCUCUAAGCCCCCAUCCAGCCGCUCGAAAUCUCGAAAAGAGGAUAUAUUCGCUACGCAUAACCGUAACACCGCCAAGCGCGCUAAACGCGACCUCGAACCCGACGAUGCAGGCACGUUCGAGCAGAAACACACCACGAAUGGCGAGGCGCUGGAUAGAGGAUUGUGGGAGAGGAGUAAGCGGAAGAUGGAGGAGAAGGCGAGGUUGUAUGCUGCGAUGAAGAGGGGGGACGUUGAAGACGCGGAUGAGCGGUAUGCGGUGGAUUUUGACGCGAAGUGGGCGGAGAGGAGGGCGGAGGGGAAAGAGGACGACUCGGAUGAGGAUGACGAUAAUGAGGAUGGAGAGGCCGAGCAGAUUGAGUAUGUGGAUGAGUUUGGGCGGACGAGAACGGGUACACGGCUGGAUAUUCUGCGGGCGAAACAGCAGCAGUCGUUGCGAGAGGAGGGAGAUCCCUACACGGCGCGACCUGCUGCGCCUGCGAAUGUGAUCUACGGGGAUACGAUCCAGCACGAGGCAUUCGAUCCCGACGAGCCACGGGCCGCGCAAAUGGAAGAACUCGCCAAGAAACGAGAUAAGAGCCUAACACCGCCACCCGAAGAGCAUUUCGACAGCCACAAGGAAGUCCGCACGAAAGGCACGGGCUUCUUUCAGUUCUCUGGCGAUACCGGGGAGCGGAAGCAGCAGAUGGAGAAUCUGGAGAGGGACCGCGCAGAGACUGAGAAGAGGAGAAAGGAGAGGGAAAGCAAGAUGAGUGAGCGGAAGGCGCAGAUUGAGGCGAGGAGAGAUGAGAUUUGGAGGAAGAGUGCGAAGAGGAAGGCGGAUGAGUUUUUGGCGGAGCUGGGGGCGCAGAUGAGUGCGAAGGAGAGCGAGGAGAAGGGGGGAGGUGGGACGGAGAUGACGGAUCGCAUAGAGGCUGCUAUACGGCGGGAGGAAGAUGAGACAUGA